UUCCAACAUUGUUCAUUGAACUGGGGGGGGGGGAAACGCCCGCCAAGAAUGGAGCACAGCCAAGCCAAGCGACCGACGGACGCCCGCACACCGCCGCGCGCCAGUCAUCUUCAAAACCACACAGCCACAUCUACUGCUACUGUUGCUGCCGAUGAUGCGUCGCACGAGUCGACCAGUGCCCGCGAGCAGCGACAGCGCGUCCUCUCGCUGUUUCAAGACAAAAAGACGCGCGCUGAUGUCGAGGCUGCCCGUCAUCGCGUUCAAGCGAAACUAUCUAAACCGCUGUCAAGUAUCACUGCUGCCACUGGCUCCAGCUCAGAUAAUGCAGUUCCCGAGUCACGAGAAGCACUCGCAUUGUUGCCGCCGCACGAGAAUAUGCUGGCGCAAGCCACCGCCCGCGUUCUUGGAGCUGGCAUUUUUGCUAAAGGCAAGCAUUCGCGACGAAUGACUCGAUCGCAUUUUCCACGCGUUCCGGCGUCACCGACGGCACAAGCACCUCCAGCACGACAAGCUGGAGUAGCCUCCUUAGAGACGGUGAAUGUCGCACCUGGUCCCUCACCAUUCGCUGAAGUCUACACGCUUGGCGCGUCCAAUCCGCUUCCCAAUCCUCGAUCACGAACUUCAACACCGGCAUUGUUACCGCGAGCAAGUACCCCACUAGCACCCACAACGCAUGCUGCACCGCACACACCAGCAGAGCCAGCACGUUCCAAGCUCGUGGAGCGGAUCUCGGAGCAACUUGAUCGGUCUAUUCGCUCAACGCUUACAAUUCUGCGGCAUGUCGUUGCUGAUCAUCCAGAACUCAAAUCCAAGCAAAUGAAACGCACAAGUACUAGUAUACCACAGCGCAAUACCAAUGUUGUCUCAGUAGCUCAAGCCGCUCUUCAACGACUUCGAUCUUUGAGAACCGUUGCUUCUACGCCAUUCCCAGUAACGCAGCAAUCGCAUCAUUUCAAUCCUGCCGACCCAGACGGCUUCGACCUCUUGCUUCAGGAGCCAUUCCAUGCGUUUCACUCUGAAGCACACUCAAUUUCGCCCUUGCUUACGUCUGAGAAGAUUGCCAACUCGACGCGAACAUCAGCUCGGCUUUUCGAUACACCUUCACGACACGAUACGACUUUUAUCCAGCCUACAGCACUCACCUCGAGCCUACAGAACAACCACGACCAGUACCUGCUCCUGCCGCAACAUCCCCGCAAUUCUACCCAAGGAGAUUGCACCUCAGCGAUAGUCGCGUCCCAAACCCUCCCCGACAGCAUUGGGACAACUGGAUGCAUCCUUGACUUAUGCAUGGGCUCGUCUAUUCAAUAAAACCAUCGGUGC